AUUAUUCGUCACAACCUUUGGAAUUCUCCACUUUAUGAUGAGACUACUGAAAAGCGAAAAGGAUAUCCUUGCUUUAGCGUACGGGUUUGACUACUGGAAUUAAUAUGAUGACUGUUAGUUUACCCUUAUGAUGAAGCAAUUGUGGUUAUAAAACGCGUUGGUCGUGCACGCCCAGUAGACGUGAGAGUUUUCCAUAAUGACGACUUCAGAGACCAAAUUGCGCAUGAAGCUACUGGUUGACACUAAGGCUAAAAGAGUGCUAUUUGCUGAGGCUGAUAAGAGUUGUGUUGAUUUCCUCUUUCACAUUCUCUCGUUGCCUGUGGCCACUGUCAUUAGGCUUAUUAAGGAGAAAGGGAUGAGUUAUGGAUGCUUGCCUGAACUCUAUGACAGCGUCGAAAAUCUGAACGACACCUAUAUUCAGUCGAAGGACUUACUUCUAAAGCCCAAGUCAUCAGUCACUGGGAUUUCUUCAAUUCCUUUUCUAUCAAUUAGUGAUGUUCCGGCGACACAGAAGACCAUUUAUGGAUGUUCCAGCUCUAAUUCUUAUAGUCAAUGUCGCUCAUAUUAUUCUGAUAGCUCUAAUGCAAGAUGUAUACAUUGUCUAAAUUCUCUGUCAAGAAUGUUGACGUAUGUUGCUCCUCCAGGAGCGAGUGGAGCUGUGGCUGCUCCAAAAGGUUUUGUGAAGGAUGUGGUGACAUACAUGGUGAUGGAUAACUUGGUGGUUAAGCCUAUGUCCACCAUUUCAAGCAUUACACUUCUCAACAAGCUCAAUGUCAAGGAUGUUGGUUUCCUGCAGGAGGUAGAAGUUAAUUUUGGAAUGGAAGAGGCACUCAAGUUGCUGAAGGCAUCCUUCGAGUCGAAAACAGUCCUGACAAGUGUUUUCAUGAGCAUUUAAGGUGGACAUACAGUCACAUGGAAUUUUGGAUCUCUAAGUUUACUAGUUGUCCUUUUAAUUCGAAUGAUUUUCUUUUGUGUCUUUUCCGGUUGGAGUUAAUUCUGAUUUUAGCGCUACCUAGCUAUAUGUUCUUAUAUCCGUUGCUAAAUUUUACUUCGUUUGCCUAGUUUGACAUUGUUUUGUUAUCUUCUCUGCUUUCACCAUCUUUUGGUAACUAAAUCAAUGCAUAUCUCAGUGCCACAAUUUUGGUUCCAUG